AUGCCUUACAACAUUGCCAUGGUCAGUGACUUCUUCUUCCCCCAGCCGGGCGGGGUGGAAAGUCAUAUAUAUCAGCUGUCGACUAAGCUGAUCGAUCGAGGCCACAAGGUUGUGGUCAUCACACAUGCGUACGGAGGCCGCACGGGCAUCCAUUACCUGACCAAUGGACUGAAGGUCUACCACGUUCCCUUUCUGGUCAUCUAUCGCGAGACAACCAUGCCUACCGUCUUCUCGUUCUUCCCCAUUUUCCGCAAUAUCGUCAUCAGGGAGGAAAUCCAGAUUGUCCAUGGUCAUGGAAGCUUGAGUAGCUUUUGCCACGAGGCUAUUCUUCAUGCUCGAACAAUGGGCCUACGCACCGUCUUUACCGAUCACUCACUGUUUGGAUUUGCAGAUGCUGCUUCCAUCCUGACAAACAAGCUACUCAAGUUCGCCCUGAGUGAUGUUGACCAUGUCAUCUGCGUGAGCCACACAUGCAAAGAGAAUACCGUUCUUCGAGCGUCUCUUGACCCGUUGAUGGUUUCAGUGAUACCGAACGCUGUGGUUGCCGAGAACUUUCAACCCAAGUCAUACGUCCCCAAGUCCAACAACGAUACCGGAUAUAUGAGGCCCAUGCCACUUCCGCAGCGUCUCGGCCCUGGAGAUACCAUCGUGAUUGUGGUCAUUUCACGACUCUUCUACAACAAAGGAACUGACCUUUUGAUUGCAGCCAUCCCAAGGAUCCUGGCAGCACAUCCCAACGUCCGCUUCAUCAUUGCCGGCUCCGGGCCCAAAGCCAUCGAUUUGGAACAGAUGCUCGAACGGCGCAUGCUUCAAGACAAAGUCGAGCUGCUGGGGCCUGUCCGCCAUGAGGAAGUCCGCGACGUGAUGGUCAAGGGGCAUAUCUACCUGCAUCCAAGCUUGACCGAGGCCUUUGGAACCGUCAUCGUGGAGGCCGCGAGUUGUGGCUUGUACGUGGUCUGCACGAGAGUUGGAGGUAUACCUGAGGUGCUUCCAGCUCACAUGACAACUUUUGCUAAGCCUGAAGAGGAUGACUUGGUUCUGGCGACCGGUAAAGCUAUUGCUGCUUUGCGCUCGGGCAAGGUAAAAACUGAACGAUUUCACGAUCAGGUUAAGAUGAUGUAUUCUUGGACCGAUGUUGCGCAAAGGACUGAACGUGUGUACGAUGGUAUAACGGGCGCGAUCACGGAACAAGAAUUCUAUGGUCAACAUGCUAAUGCCCCCUGGAGCGCCUCCCGUGUUCGAGGAUACGCACUGAUUGACCGAUUGAAACGAUAUUAUGGAUGCGGCGUGUGGGCUGGGAAGCUAUUUUGCCUCUGCGUUAUUAUCGACUAUCUCAUAUUCUUGUUUCUGGAGAUCUGGGCCCCUAGAUCGCGUAUCGACAUCGCACGAUCUUGGCCACGAAAGCCCUUCAUCAAUGACAAGAACAAGCCGGUGGAGAACGGCACAUAUCGGCGACGAGGCACAGAUGUUAUGGAUCGGCGGAAUGGCAGUCUUGUCAUGCGUUGA